CGUGUGCUGUGCACUGCAGAGUCUGAGCCGUCACUGCGUGCAUCAUGAGGGUGACCCGCAGCAGCGAGCUCCUGGCUCUCAUUUACCAGCAUCUCCUGCAGAAUGGCUACGGCAAGACAGCUAGAGAGCUGCAGAUAGAGAGCGGAGAGACGUUCAUUUCACAGACGGUGUCUCUCCAACAGAUCUUCAGGCACUGGAACAUGAAAGACAAGAAGAGGAAGGGCAGCAAUGAGAGCGAUGCCCCGAGCAAGAAACCACGGUUGCAGGAUCCCGUCAGCUCUUCUGAAUCUUCCGAUGAGGAGGAUAAUGCUCAUCCAAAAGGAGCAGAUCUGGUGGUCCAAGGCAAAAAGGACUCUGUCAAGAAGGCAGGCAAGCUCAAAACAAAAUCUUCCACACCCAAGAAAAUGAAUUCUGCUAAAAAGUCGGCAUCAAAGGGGAAAGGCACCACUAAAACAGGAGCAGCAUCCCUAAAUCUCAAGCCUGUGGCUCCUGAGACUCCUGUAACACUGGCAAAAAGCAGCGAAGAUUCUGAUAGUGAGGACGAGACCGUUCCAUCAAAAGCUACUCCGGUACUUGAAAGACCUUUAAAGUCUACCCCAGCAAAAGUCCUAAAGAGCAAGACUUCAUUAUCUACUGACUCUCGGGCAGCACGGCAUGACAAGAGCGUGCCUGCUAAAACGACAACUACAAAACCCCUUUCAUCCUCCAAUGGGAAAGCCAUUGCUAAAGAUGACAGCAGUGAGACUUCUGAGAGCAGCGAUGAAACAGACAUUGAGAAACCACCAGUGACUGUGACUCCAAACAUGACUACUCAAUCUGUAUCCAAGUUAAAAACAAAAACUCCCUCUACUGGGACACAACCAAAGGCAGAUAGUUCAGAGAGUAGUGAAUCAGAAAGUGAGGAGGAGCCAGGAUUACAGACGCCAACCCCAGCGAAGUUUCAGGUGAAAGCCAUCACACCAUCACCCAAGACCUCAGCAGCACAGUUGAAAGCCACAAAGAAGAAUGCCAUAACCAAAGCUGCACCUGUGGCCCCAGCCUCCCAGAGCGGCAGUGCAGUAGGAAAACCGCCUGCUAAGACAAUGGUAGAUGAGACCAGUGAGGACUCGGACAGCGAUGAAGAGUUGGUGCCAUUGACUUCCAUCCCUACAGCUCCAAGUAGUGUUCAGGCAUCAAAGCAAAAGUUGCAAAUGCAGCCCACUGUGCCAAAGCCUAGCGCAGAUGACAGUUCAACAAGUAGCGAGACAGAAAGUGAAGAGGAACCCGUAAGACAGAAGAUGCCAUUGCCAGAAGUUGCAGCUUCACAAGACAAAGUAGACCCACCAGUGACUGUGUCACAGAGCAAACCAGCAAAGAGCGACUGUAAUGACGCAAGUGCAGAUACAGUCGUUGCUGUUGUGUCCGAGAACAGUGCUUCCCUAGGGAAAACCCAGAGCCCUGCCAAGGCAGAAGUGUCUGAGACCAGUGAUUCCUCAGACAGUGAGAAGGAACCAGAGAACCAGAAGACAACUGCAUCCCCAAAGAAGGGUGUGACCCCUGCGACUCAGGCAAAGGUUUCUAGUGGCCAGGCUUCCAAGCCGAGCACAGUUGUACCAGCAGCAGCUGAGGGGUCAGAGAGCAGUGACUCCUCUGACAGCGAGUCGGAGGCGCCCAAGAAAGCUGCCAACAAAUUCCCAGGGGUAAAUGUGAGGACACCGGUCCCCAGUACAAAACGGCCUGUAGCGACUUCACAUUUAGCAAAGGCCAGAACCCCUCUGCCUGCCCCUGUAGAUGACACUUCUGAAACUGAAGACUCUGAUAGUGAAGAGGAGCCGGCGGCCAAGAAAACUGCAAGUCAGCUUUCAGCAUCCAGUUUGAAAACACCGUCCACCAGUGCAAAACAACCCGUGACGCCAUCUCACGCGGCGAAUGCAGUUGCUGGAAAGUCAAGAAACUUACAGAAGACGACAAUUGCAGAUGAUUCUUCAGAAACAGAAGACUCUGAUAGCGAGGAGGAUGAAGGGGCAAAGAAAACUGGCAGUAAACUUCCAGCAUCAAGUGUGAAGACACCAUCCACAGGGCGCAAACAGCCUGUAACAUUGGCUGCACAUACAACUGGAGUUAAAGCGGCGUCAACUCCACUGCCUGCAGAUGACAGCUCAGAAACAGAGGAUUCAGAUAGCGAUGAAUCGCUUCCUAAGGCACCACCAGGAAUUGUAAUCCCAAAGCAGAAGCCCACUGCUAAAUCUACAGCUGUGACCCCGGCGUCACAGGCCAGUGCUGCAGCAGUGAGGACUCCUGCCAAGACGGCAGCUGAUGAGAGCAGCGAGGACUCUGAUAGUGAUGAAGAGCCUAGCUUUUCUAUAAAAGCUCCAGUUCCAACAAUAAUCAGUCCAUCGGUUAGACCAUCUGAAGCAAGCACUGCACGUGUCCCAGACUCUGAUGCUGACUCUGAAAGCAGCGACUCUGAAGAGAAAACGCCUGCUGUAGGCACUACAAAACCGAGCAAGCCAGCCCUUGCUGCCAAAAGGAAACCAGGAAUUUCUGCAACUUCACAACCAAAUGAAGAAAGCAGUUCAGAUGACAGUGACUCUGACUCGGAUACAAAUGAGCAUGCACAAUCUGCUAUACAAACACCGAAAACAAAAGUUGCAUCACAUAAUAAAACCGCAGCAACCCCAUCGCCAGCACCACUUAUUGCUACCAAGGAGAAGACUCCUGCAUCCAGGAAAGCCAGAGUUUCCCAAAACCCAUCAACUGACACUUCUGAAACCAUUGACUCCUCAGAUUAUGACAAUCCUCCGCCUGCUCAGACAUUAAAGGGUUCCUUCGUACCUCAAACGACAGUAAAGCGGUCACUGCAACCCGGAACUGCAGUCAAAGGCAAGAAAGGCAGUCCUGUCAAGGCUGUAACAGACACCGUGAAGGAGAGCUCGGGCAGCAUCAAAAAGGAGCAAAAAACAGAUGUACCUGCUUUGGCAAAACACAAGAUGUCUACAGCUAUUCCUCCAUUGACGUCCACUCCAUCUGGAGACACCCCAUCCAAGGGUAAAGCAGGGUUGCCCAUGAGUCAAAAAGCAGUGAGGACAGCGCAAGCGUUGGUCAAAGAGAGCAGUGAAUCUGAGAGCCAUGGGAAGGUAACUGAACAGGUUGGAACACCAGCCCCAAAAAGAAACCGCUCUGUAGCCAAAACACCAAAAGCAUCCAAAGAGAAAACUGUAAAGGCUGCAAGUCGCGGUAAAACUUCUGUUGCGCUGCCUGCAAAGGUGUCAAGCGAGUCUUCCGAAAGUAGCUCCUCAGACGAGAAGGCAGCUAAGGCUACAAAGCAGACACCAACCGUGCAAACUAAACUGGAAAAGUUCUUCACGAAGCACAGCAUUACUCCAGCAAAGACCAAGGCCAAAAGCACUGCUAAUCUGCCUAUGGCAUUCCCUACAGACUCGGAUGAGACCUCAGACGAUGAGGAGAAGCCCGUGAAGGAAGCGACGCCUGCACCAGACACCCCUAAAACAUCACGUGGAAAGCAUAAGGAGAGACUGGACUCGUCCAGCCUUUCAACUCCAAAGACCAAGGCAAAAAUGUCGUGUCUUAUAUCCAGCCCCAAGGCUACAAAUACUGAUGGCAAAGUUUCAGGAGAUGUUCCCAGUAAACCAGCCGCAUCUGGAGAAGAGGGUGAUUCUGCAGAUAAUAGUGAGCCAGAAGAAUCUCAGAGUCUUCUUCAAGCAAAAACUCCUUCAAACCCUUUAUCAACGAAACAUAAGCAAGACAAAGAAGAUAAGACUGCUUUGGCUAAUGAAAGUAUUGCACAUUCAAGUAAAAAGAAGCACAGAGUUAAAACCCAGCCUUCAACAAUGUCCUCUCUCUCUUCUCCAGCCACCCCAGGAGCUUUGCUGGAUUCUGAAGAGGAGACUGUUAUGGCCUUGUUGGAAGGACGGAGUCCCAAAAAGUCAAGAAAAAAUCCCUCUAAAAAGACUGUAGCGGCAACUCGGGUUGUAGCAUCUUCAACACCAACAGUACAAGAUAGUAAUCUCCUUGAGAGGAGUCUACCACCACCUGUCCCUGAGAGUCCAAGCUCGGUACACAAAGGGGACAAGACUCUUGAUGCAAAAUCCCCUGGUGUCACAGAACUCAGCCAUUUGUCUGCAAAGAAAGAGAAGCAUGGCAAGAAGCGCAAGAGUUCCCCUGAGGAUGGGCUCUCCAAACAGAAGGAUAAGAAGGAGAAGAAAGCUAAGAAAGUCAAAGACACCAGCAUAACUGGAGAGGCUGCCAGCCCUAAACCAUCCAAAAAGGAGAAGAAAUCUGAAAAGAGCGAGAAAAAAAAUGAUAAAAAACAAAAGAAAAACGAAAGCAAGAAACUAUCACAAAGUCUAAUUGCUCCAGUUGGAGAGUCAACAGAUUCUGGAGUCAGCCUCCAGUCGAAACCCAAGAAAAAGAAGAAGGUAAAGGAUGACUAAACGGCUGACUGAAGUCCUUGUAGAAACCAAGAACUUCACCGGAUGGAAGAUUUAUUUCCAAGCUGUUAUAUUUGAUAUGUAUUUUGUCUACAUCGUGUCAGGGUAACCAGAAAAAAGUUGAUGUUUAUUUUAUUACUUUUCUUUAAAGGUAUGAAGCAUUACCCUUUUUUUUACAGACUUAGGCAUGUAAAGCCUGUACAGGUCUGGACAGUCACUGAUGAUGAACUUUAUAAGCUGUGAUUGUGACCUGUCUGAUGCCCAUGAAAUGACCAUAAUUUCAUGAAUUCCAAUAAAGCCGGGAUUUAGGUCACCUGAUUUGUGUGAACGGAACUUCUUUUUUUUUUUUUUUUUUUUUUUUUUAAUGCCUGUAAGAUAUUUUUAUACUUUUUAAAAAGCUUUAUUUUAAGGCAUUAACCAGAGUGAUUUCAUUGUACUUAGUUUUUGUGAUUGGGACAUGUGGUUCGUUGGUAUGAUCAUAUGUGUUGGCAAGAAGGGUCAUUACUUUGUACUGUCUACUGUCCUACUGAAAGUGAAAUAAAACAGUUGGUAUGAUUUCGCAUUGUGUGCCAUCUGAACAGUGGAUUUUUUUUUAUUUCAUGGAGUAAUUUCAUGAGCUGAAGAUGCUCAUAGAUAUCCACCUAGCUGGAAAGAGGUGAGCGAACCUUUGCUCAUUUAACAUGUCCAAUCUGAGCUAGCUAGUUCUGUAACAUCUUCAUAGCCAUUUAAGCUCUGUUUGUCUAUAUUGGGGAUUUGGAUGUCCAUUUUAGAAGGGGUAAACGAGCCCUGUCAUUCGGCAUGCUUUGUAUGAAUCAGUACUACACGCAAAAAAAAGAGCAUAAUGCCUCUUUCUCCACUUAUCUUCUCCUAACCCCUGCCUCCUGCAAUGAUCACUCAAUGGUAUAAUCCAUCUUAAGAGACAGUCUCACUGAGGGAUCAGGUUACUGCUGCCCAUUGAAGUUUAUGGAGGGGGAAACAGCAGCAAAGUGAGACACACUGCUGCUAAAGGCUCUGGUAUCUGAUCUACACUGCCCUCCACUUCUGUGUAAUGUUUUCCAUGUUGUUACUGCUCCCGAGGGUGUGCUACAGAAAGACAGGGGAGCAGGAUCUCUGCUUAUGUGUGUUUAGGGUGGGAGGCAUCAUAAUGGCUAAGGAAAACUGACAGUGCCCCUGUGCGGGAAAAGAAAUGAAAAAAUGAAUGUACUAAUAAGUAUGUAAGGCUGCAACAUAUACUACUGUGGGGCAUGCUCUGAGAUAUAUAUCUAUAUCACUGAUUUAAAGAGUAAAAUCUGUUUCAAAGCUGGAAUACUACUCACUGUGCUUGCUGGUUUUCAUAUGGGUUUCUUCAAUGGUACUGCGCAUGUGUGCUGAAAGAUGACUUGACACAUACUGUGCGUAUGCUAUAAACUUAUGUUCAUUUAAUCAGU